UUGGAAUUUUACUAGUCAGAAACCGGUGAAAGGUUGACGAGUUAUGCUUGCGUUUUAAUUUUUGUUUUAAAUUACUCUCACAUAUUAUCAGCUUUAUGCACAUACUGUGAAACGGGCACGGACGCAUAACACACUGUUCAAGUCAAGCCCCUUAUAGAUAUCUGUUCUUAUAAUGGGUCAAAUGAAUGCAAGCUUUUAUUCCUUAAGAAUAUUCGGAUAUAUCAGAGUGUCGGUAAACAUUAAGAGAAUGACAAGGUACUGCCCUUUCGUUUGGUUAUAUUUCAUGUAAGACGAUUGACGUGUUCAUGAUGACGUAUUGAGCACAGGAAAGUAAUUCUAAAGCUUGUUUAGUAGAUUUAGUUUCAUUUUGUGUCAUACGUUUACCACACCUUGAUAAAAUACUGUUUUUUGUGUCAAUUCUGGAUAUCUAUUCUGAAAGGAUUCCGAGUUAUAUGUCUUUGCUCCCAACACCUAAUAAUCUAAAAUUAAAAAAAAUCAUAUCAGAUACCUUUGUAAAAGGCCAAAAUAAGCGUAGAUAUGAUGCAUAUUUUGAUGAAACUGUAAUUAUGUCAUUAAGUUGUCGACAUAAUUGGGCAUUUUGAUGUUACAGUUUAUUUAAGCGUCGAUUACCAAUUUGCAUGAUUAAUUUCUCAUUAAAACACAAACUUCGCAUAUGUGUGUAAUUUGCCAAACCAUAUAUACCUGAAAAUGUAUUGCACCUGUGUGCAUGUAAUAGAUAUGUUAAAAGGUAGUCAAUUACAUUGCAUUCUAUAAGAAUCUCUGAGGAUUUUGUACUUUAGAAUAAGGUCCCGAAUUCUCGAAAAUUCUUAAUUCAUAACGAUUAAAUUAAGACUUAAACCCCAUUAAAUGAUUAAGCUAAGUACUGCAACUUAAGCCGUUUUCUUAAACGAACUGAGCGAAGUGUUUAGCUAAGCGAUUUUAUGCGAUUAACUUGCCGAUAGUUUUGAGUACUAUCGGAACUCUUCCAAAAGUCGUCUGUUUACAAACAAAACAAAAUGGCCGAAGAAAAAACCAAGAAACGCUGUCAAAAUUGGUCAAAGGCAGAAAAGGUCUUUGCCUUAAAACUUAUCAAAUCACAGGAAGAUAUUUUUGAGAGAUUUCAAGGGGCCAAUCAAGGCAAGCUGAAAAAGAAGCUAUGCUGGGAGAAGAUCGCCCUGGAAUUGAAGGCGUCAGGCGUAUGCUCAGAAAAUCGGGGAGUGGAGGAGAUCCGUUUAAGAACUCCUAAGAACAGUGUGCGAAGUAAAGUCGACGAUUCCAGAUCAACUGGCCAAGGAAGGGGGGACUUCUCCAUUGAAGAAGAGAUCGUGGCCGGUAUUCUUCGCUAUCGAAAUCCCCACGAACUGAACGGGAUACCGGGGUGUGUGGAAAAAGGAGAACAGAUCGCCAAAAGAGGGUCAACCAUCUUCUUCAACAGCCACCUGCAGCGUGCAGAAAUGCUCCCCACCUGCAGCUGUCACCACGAAGCCAUGUUCUAGUGGCAUAUCGAACGGGAACGUACUAUACGAGAUACUCUUGGAGUCAGAUGUUUCAACAGGAGUGACUCCAGAGAAAAACAGAGGUCGUUGAUUUGCUAAAUGACCUAUACACAUGUUUCGAUGCAAUCAUAGAAAACUACGACGUAUACAAGGU